CCAUGGCGGAGUUAGACCUGAGUCUGAGUGAUGCGCUGACAGACAGCGUUCCCCAGCAGGGCCCGGAGAGCCUGGUGGAGAGGGAUUUUGUGGCCCAGCUGGAGGCAGAGACCUUCGACGACCAGGUCGGGGAGACGGUGGGAAAGACAGAUUACAUCCCUCUACUGGACAACGAUGACACCAGGGCAGACACGGCUACUGCGUUGGAGAAUGGAGAGAAGGAAGCACACGGGGUGCAAAAGCCUGGUUGUAAGCUGACCGCAGGGGGACAGACUUCAGCGUUGCGCCCAGAGCCACAGGGGGAGGUGUGGCCAAGAUCACUUGACCAACAGCAGGCCCUGGCUUCGGACCUUUUAUCAGCCUCCAUGGCAAGUUAUUCAGAUCCUCUGGGCUCUCAGACCAGUCCUGCCCAAAUGAUGGAUGCUGGCCGGAUGGGAGCUUUUUCAGGUUUUUCUCAAUCCACUGGGAUGGGGGUCAACAUCGAGGUGGGGACUGCCCCUCUGUCAGCAAGCAAAGCUGAACCCCAGCACCCCACACCCACAGUGGGAUCAGAUGUCCCUAAAGAGCACAGCCCCAUGAUGCCUGAACCUCAGGCUCCUCGCAGCCCUCUGGACCUGUCAGCAGGUGCAUUAGGCGACUGCUGGCAAGACCAGGCUGGCUGCCUACAGACAGACCUCCCUUUCACCCCAAGCGUCUCCACGGUGAUCAGUCGACACGCCGGCCAUCUUGUAGUCAGCCCUGAUGACCUGCCUGACAGCUGGCCUACCCGAGAGAGCACAGCCUAUGCUGGAGGUGAUGAAAGGGAGGGAGAAGGAUCGGAUAGAAAACAGAAGAAGAAAAAGAAAAGGCGACAGAAAGAUGAGGGGUCUUACGAACACCUAGAGAGCAAGGGACACCCUGAGGCGCAAGCAGCUGGGGAAAACACAGAGGAGUUUUACAACAGGAUAGGCCCGAGGCGGGAUAGAGGAGACGGUGGAUGGGAGGAGCAACUUGGGAAGAGUGGAGGGAGGGGGAAGAAGGGUAAGAGCAGGAAGAAGAUUCCGCAGGAGUGGGGAGUGAUGGCAGAACCAUUUGUUCCUGCAUCAGCAGCAGCCUCUCAAAUCACAGAGGAUGAUGUGAUGGAUUUAGGAAGUUCUCCUCAGCUGGAGUCAUCAUUCGCAGACAUGGAUAACAGCUCUUGGAAGACAGAAGUCUUCCCAGAAGAAGGCCUAGUACCCAAGCCCCUAUCUGAGGACCUCUUCUCUUCAACAGCUGCUAGCAUCAGCCCAUUGGUCCUGAACAGCGAGCUGAAAGCCACAGCUGCUCCCUUCACGAUGCCAUCUGCUGUAACCGACGGAGCACCACUCGGCUCCUUCCCCAUGGCCCUCCACCCUGAUGAUGAAUUCAGCCUCCUCAUGGAUACUGAAAAUGCCAGCUUGGGUAACAGCAGCCAGGUGGUUUUGCCAGCCUUCUCUCCAGGGAACGAAACAAGGGCUAGUGACAUGGUCGACAGUGGGAUGUUUGACAACACCAGCUCUUUCCAGGAGUCUGGUGUUCAGGGUGUACCAGAAGGAGACACCUCAGCUUUCAGUCCAGCAUCUCAGCCAAGUCCUGGCUUUUCACCCAGAGGUGAAGUGUUAGCCUCAGCCCCUCCUCUCUCACCUUCAGACGCUUCAUGGCUCCUGAACAACUCCAACAUCACAAGGGACAGCGAGCUCUUUGACUUCAGCGAGGCCAACACUUCAGGCGAUCCUGUCAGCUUGGGCCUCUCCUUUGACACUCCGAGCCCGGCCCCUCUUCGCUCUCCCAAAACCACAGCUCAAGAUUUCCAACCCAAAGAGCAGAAAGACGCCCAGAAACAGUCCAAGAAGUCUCAUUCUUCGUCGUCCUCCUCUGCAAAGAGUCCCACCUCGCCAGGAGCUCAGAAGUUUUCUCCACAAGCAUCCCCAGUCAUCAGCCCCUCUUCCUCUCCAGCAGCAAAUCCUUUGGAAUUUUCAGCCUCGGGCCUCAACCCUGCAGCUAAACCCUUCUUCCCAAGUUUUGCUGAUUCUGCAGAAGAACCAGCCGUGGUCCCUCCAGUUGACCCGUUCAUGGAAGUCAAGUCCAGCAUGACGGAGAAGAAGGAGGAGAAAAAGGAUGACAAUGUCAAGAAGACUGAAUUCUUUGAACCUCUGGAGAAAGCUGAUCAGAAGAGCGUGAAGGUCGAGUUUGUGAGCAGCGAGACUCCAGGCAAGGUGGAGAAAGAAGCAGAGAAAGAUAAACAGCAGGAGGCACAAAAAGAGAUGGAAAAAGAGGCAGAGAAGCUGAAAGAGAAGGAGAAAGAGGCAGAGGAGCAAAGGAAAAAGGAAAAAGAGGCGGAAAUGUUGAAAGAGAAAGAGAAGGAAGCAGAGAAGCUGAGAGAGAAGGAGAAAGAAGCAGAGAGGCAGAGAGAGAAGGAAAAAGAAGCAGAGAAGCAGAGAGAGAAGGAGAAAGAAAGAGAGAAGGAAAAAGAAGCAGAGAGGCAAAGAGAGAAGGAAAAAGAGGCCGAAAAGGCAAAAGAACUGGAGAGAGAGGCUGAAAAGCUUAAAGAGAAGGAAAAAGAGGCCGAAAUGUUGAAAGAGAAAGAAAAAGAGGCAGAAAAGCUAAAUGAGAAAGAGAAAGUGGAAGACAAAACUGAGCUGAAAAACGCAGAGAAGUUUGAGAAAACCGAAGUGAAGGAUGUCAAAGAGCCGCACGUGGACAAAGAGGAAAAGGCCCCAGAGCAACAGCCGACACCUGCCAAACUCGAUACUGAUUCUGACAAGGUGGAGAAGAAGGCCGACAACGAGACUAAGGCAACACUAGAGGUUAAAGAAAGUAAGAAAGAGGAGGAGGACAAAGCACAGAAGAUGGAAAAAGGCGACAAACUGACAGAAAAGUUGGAGGAUAAACAGAAAAGUGAAAAGAAUGAGAAGCAAGCCGAGAAGAAGACGGUGGAGAAGAAGGAUGAGAAGAAGGAAAAAGCUGCAGGAGAGAAGGCCAAGAAAGCAAAAACUGAGAGCAGCACCACACCGAGCAAAGAGCUGGCAGACAAGAAGACUAAGCUGGCUGCUGGGGCAGCCAAACCCAGCGCUGCAGCCAAAACACGGCCAAGCAGCACGGCUGCUGGUGGUUUGACCACAGCCACGACUAAACGCCCCACACCCUCAACCACCACCACCACCUCAGACAAAAAAACCACCACAACCAGGCCACUAUCCACAGCCGCCGCUGGCCCUAAACGGCCCUCUACCACCAGCUCCACCAGCCGCCCUACAUCCUCGACCACCACCUCGACUAUACGUGAUGUUAAGCCCAAGACCACAGCAGAGAAGCGCCCCCUUGUGCCAAAGGCUAGCACUGCAACAACAAGCUCCACUGCCACCACCAAAAAUGGAACUGCCACCACAGCGGCCAGCAAAACCGCCUCAUCAGUGCGCACAACUGCUGCUACUCGCACCACCACUACUACCACUGCAGCCAGGAAGCCUCUGGCCUCCAAGACCGACAGCAAACCGGGAGAGGAGAAGAAGCCCAGCACUCUGAGGACUUCGACAGCAGACUCUACCAAGCCCAAGACCACCACCACCGCACGCAGCUCUACUGCCAACGCCGCUGCCUCUCGCACUCGAACCACAGCAGCCAAGCCGGUGACUUCAAACUCCACCACCGGAACGGCAGAGAAGAAACCCCCUGUGCCACGUGCUGCCCGGGCCACCUCCUCCACAACUGCCACCACGACCACCACCUCCACCUCGAGGACCACAGCUCGUCCUGGCACGGCACCGACUCCUGACAUCCGUAACAUUCGCUCUAAGAUUGGAUCGACAGACAACAUGAAGCACCAGCCAGGAGGAGGGAAGAUGUCAUCUGCCUCUCAGAGCAGGGGCCUCGCCUCCAAAGACACAAGCCAGGGCAAAGUUCAGAUAGUCUCCAAAAAGGUGGACUUCAGCCACGUCACCUCACGCUUGGGCUCCAAGGAUAAUAUGAAGCAUGUUCCUGGUGGAGGGAAAGUGCAGAUCCUCAACAAGAAGGUGGAUGUGAGUAAGGUGACAUCAAAGUGUGGUUCCAAGGACAACAUCAAGCACAAACCUGGCGGUGGCGAUGUGAAGAUCGAGUCCCACAAAGUGAACUUCAGGGAAAAGGCUCAGUCCAAAGUGGGCUCCAUGGAUAAUGUGAGCCACUCACCUGGUGGAGGAAACAUCAAGGCUGAGGGGGCCCAGGAGACAGCAGAGGGGAAUGAGACUCCCCUGAGUGGUACCUCGGCCCCUGGCUCCGAGCCAGGGCAGGCAGGUGGCGCUGCUGCCCAUGAGAAUGGGCUGAAGGAGGGGGCUCCCUGUGAUAGUGAGGGCCUUCGAGAGCCCCAGGCUCUGGAGUCAGGCAUCCCAGAGACAAGCAUCUAAUUCUGCUAUCCCUCUGCCCUCCUCAUUUCAACCCCCCCACACCAACACCUCCUCCCCUCCCCAAUUCUCCUUUUUUCUAUAUUUUUCUCUCUCCCUCACCCUCCUCUCCCGGUCUCCCCUCUUCCCUGCCCCUUUUUUUAUUUUUCU